GUUAACCUCGAUCACCCAGCCACCUUACAACACGCACAUUGACUUCCAGCUCGUUCGUUCUCUGGACCUAGCUGGCUAGCUCUGCAUUGACACCCAUGGCAAUGACCAAGUCCCUGAUCUUACUAUGCGCAGUCCUCGCGGCGUGCCUCGCAAUAGCCGCAGCUGGCUGGUCUCCUGGCACCGCCACGUUCUACGGCGGCGCUGAUGGCUCCGGCACAAUGGGCGGCGCGUGCGGGUACGACAACCUCUACAACGCCGGGUACGGCGUCAACAACGCGGCUCUGAGCACGACGCUGUUCAACGACGGCGCGUCGUGCGGCCAGUGCUACAAGAUCACGUGCGACCGAUCACGCCCAGGCGGCCGGUACUGCAAGCCCGGCAACAGCAUCACCGUCACGGCCACCAACCUGUGCCCGCCCAACUACGCGCUGCCCAACGGCGGCUGGUGCGGCCCGGGGCGCCCCCACUUCGACAUGUCGCAGCCGGCGUGGGAGCACAUCGGUGUCUACCAGGCCGGCAUCGUCCCGGUCCUGUACCAGCAGGUCAAGUGCUCGCGCAGCGGUGGGGUGCGCUUCAGCAUCGCCGGCUCCGACUACUUCCUGCUCGUCAACAUCCAGAACCUCGCCGGCAGUGGCUCCGUGGCCGCAGCCUUGGUCAAGGGCGACAAGACGGGCUGGAUCCAUAUGUCCAGGAACUGGGGCGCCAACUGGCAGGCGCUCUCUGGGCUCGUCGGCCAGAGGCUCAGCUUCGCCGUGACCAGCACCGGUGGGCAGUACAUUCAGUUCCUUAACGUCGUGCCGAGCUGGUGGCAGUUCGGCAUGGCCUUCUCCACCAAUCUGAAUUUCGUCCACUAGCUACAAACCGUGGAAUUCUCUCUCCCUUUGCCAUUUCGUGCCGCUCCAUCGAAUGGCGAGUGCGUGCUCUUGAUUUUGAAGGAGCUUUACGCACUUGUGCUAUUGCAUCCUAGUUGGCCACCUGACUGGCAUAUCUCCUACGUGAUGCUCCGACUGCAGGAGGAAAUGGCAAGGGUCUUUGGAGGUAGAAGGAAUGUCAAAUAGAUCGUA